CCUUUCACGGCCUUUAGCAAACGUGACUGCAAACGUUCGAGGGAAUUUAUUUUCCUUUCUCCUUAUUUUCCAUCGACGAAACUGGAAGAGCCGCCCCUAGAAACCAGAAAUUUCUUGGGUAAAAUGAAAUCCAUCCUCGAAGCCCACCUUUUUUCUAUCUAAUCUGUGUUCGCUGUACAGUCUAAAACGCAGAAUUCUCUUUGUUCAAACUCUCUGCCUAGCACUCUAUUCUGUUUGAGUAUUCACUGCAAAAAAAUCGACAAAAAUGCAUUCGAAUCAUCUGCUACUCGAAGAGCCAAUCAGGAUGGCUUCUAUUCUUGAGCCGUCGAAAGCUAGUUUCUCCGCAAUGACAAAGAUAGUGGGAACACUGGGCCCUCGUUCUCGAUCCGUUGAGGUUAUCUCCGCUUGUCUUAAAGCUGGAAUGUCUGUGGCUCGAUUUGAUUUUUCAUGGGGUGACGCCGAGUAUCAUCAGGAGACACUGGAGAAUUUGAAGGCUGCAAUUAAGAGCACUAAGAAGCUCUGCGCUGUUAUGCUUGAUACUGUGGGUCCUGAGUUACAGGUUGUUAAUAAAAGCGAAAAAGCUAUAACACUUAAAGCAGAUGACAAGGUUAUUCUGACACCAAAUCAAGGUCAGGAAGCAACCUCAGAAGUUUUGCCAAUCAACUUUUCUGGACUAUCCAAGGCUGUGAAACAGGGAGAUACCAUUUUUAUUGGCCAAUACCUGUUUACAGGAAGUGAAACCACUUCUGUUUGGCUGGAGGUGGAUGAAGUGAAAAGUGAGGACGUGGUUUGCGUGAUAAAGAAUUCUGCAACAUUGGCUGGGUCAUUAUUUACUCUACACGCUUCUCAAAUUCACAUUGAUUUGCCAACUCUGUCUAAUGAGGACAAGCAGGCUAUCAUGACAUGGGGUGUUCAAAAUAAAAUUGAUUUUAUUUCAUUGUCAUAUACGCGUCAUGCAGAAGACGUUCGUGAGGCCCGUGAGUUUCUAUCCAAGCUUGGUGAUCUAAGUCAGACACAAAUUUUUGCUAAAAUUGAAAAUGUUGAGGGUUUAACCCAUUUUGAUGAGAUCCUACAAGAGGCAGAUGGUAUCAUACUUUCACGUGGGAACCUUGGCAUAGAUCUCCCACCUGAGAAGGUGUUCUUGUUUCAGAAGUCUGCUGUUUACAAGUGUAACAUGGCUGGAAAGCCUGCAGUUGUAACUCGUGUGGUUGAUAGUAUGACUGACAAUCUUAGGCCUACUCGUGCAGAAGCAACUGAUGUCGCUAAUGCUGUUUUGGAUGGAUGUGAUGCAAUACUUCUUGGAGCUGAGACAUUACGUGGAUUAUACCCUAUCGAGACUAUUUCUACCAUUGGCAAAAUUUGUGCUGAGGCAGAGAAGGUUUCGAAUCAAGACCAGUACUUCAAGAAGACAGUGAAAUAUGUUGGAGAACCCAUGAGCCACUUGGAAUCUAUUGCUUCAUCUGCGGUGCGGGCAGCUAUCAAGGUGAAAGCAACUGUUAUAAUUUGUUUUACCUCAUCCGGAAGGGCUGCAAGAUUGAUAGCGAAGUACAGGCCAACAAUGCCAGUUCUCUCAGUUGUAAUUCCUCGCCUCAAAACAAAUCAAUUGAAAUGGAGUUUUACUGGUGCAUUUGAGGCAAGACAAUCACUUAUUGUUAGAGGUCUUUUCCCUUUGCUAGCUGAUCCUCGUCAUCCGGCGGAGUCUACAAAUGCAACUAACGAGUCAGUUCUGAAAGUUGCACUUGACCAUGGAAAGGCCUCUGGAGUUAUCAAGUCACACGACCGAGUUGUUGUCUGCCAAAAAGUUGGAGAUGCUUCUGUAGUUAAGAUUAUCGAGCUCGAAGAUUAGAGUAUCAAGGCUGUUUUUUUGUUAUUACUAAAUUAUUGCCCAUUUUUUUGGGAAUUCGAUGGAUGAAUCCUAGUGACCAUCAGUGUGGCAUUGAACUAAGUGGUUUUGAGAACUAUCUCAUCACAGACAAUCUCAAUGUAUAUUGGGUUAUUCCUUUUGAUGGGAAUUGAUGUCCCCCAAUUCUGUCGGUGAAGAACAGAUUUGCUGCAAUAUUUAGGGAGAUGCAGUCUUCAUUUUGAAAGUUACUGUGUGUGAAUAAUUCUGCUAUCCCUUUGGCUGCAAUAAGUACUUAAUUUCUUUUAA